UGUUUUCCACAUGGGAAGCUGGCGAAGAGGUCACAACACAACCACCGGCAAGUGGAAGCGAGCCAUCGCAAAGAGUGCGGCUGAUGGCUGGCCGGCUGCUGAAACUCUCCUCUUUGGCCACGGCAGUGUUUGCCUCCUCUGGAGUUUACCUUUACAAUCGACAAUUGGAUUUCAAUGACCUGAGUUUGAUCCGCUUUGGACGAGCUGCUGCCACUACUGCUGUCAUCAGCUAUGACUACCUCACUGCUUUCAAACACGUGGACUAUGGCACAGAGGAGUAUUGGGCCCUCAAGUCCAAGGUACAUCAACGCUCAGCAGAGCGUCUUCGAGAGCUGUGCUGUGCCAAUCGGGGUACCUUUAUCAAGGUUGGCCAGCAUCUUGGUGCUCUAGAUUAUCUCCUUCCGGAGGAGUACACAACCACACUAAAAGUCCUCCAUAGCCAGGCUCCUCAGAGCAGCAAGGAAGAAAUCCAGCAGGUCAUUCGAGAGGACCUUGGCAAGGAGCUGUCUGAGUUAUUUGUUUUCUUUGAUGAGAAGCCCCAGGGAGCCGCCUCUUUAGCCCAGGUCCAUAAAGCAGUGCUGCAUGAUGGGAGGACAGUGGCUGUAAAGGUCCAACACCCAAAAGUUCAAAGACAAAGCUCCAAAGACAUAUUGGUGAUGGAGGUGUUGCUCAGAGCUGUCCACUGGCUCUUCCCAGACUUUGCCUUCAUGUGGUUGGUAGAAGAGGCCAAGAAAAACAUGCCACUAGAGCUGGACUUCCUGAAUGAAGGACACAAUGCAGAGAUGGUGUCAAACAUGCUGACCCACUUCCCCUUUCUCAAGGUUCCUGUGAUCCACUGGGAUUUGUCCACUAAGAGGAUUCUGACCAUGGAGUUUGCUGAGGGAGGGCAGGUCAACGAUAGAGAGUACAUGAAAGCUCAUGGCAUCAAUGUCAACGAGAUUUCACAAAACCUGGGAAAAAUAUACAGUGAAAUGAUCUUCAUACACGGCUUUGUCCACUGUGACCCCCACCCUGGCAAUGUGUUGGUUCGAAAAUGUCCGAAAAGCAAGAAGACAGAGAUUGUUCUACUUGACCAUGGCCUUUAUCAGGUGCUACAACCAGACUUCCGGAUGAACUACUGUCGGCUAUGGCAGGCUCUGAUCAGUCGAGACAUGUCUGGGGUGGAGCGUUACAGCCGCAAACUGGGAGCUGGAGAUCUCUACCCACUCUUUGCUUGUGUACUCACUGCUCGUUCCUGGACCGCCGUCAACUCUGGAAUCAGUUCUGUCCCUGUCACACCUUCUGAGGAUGUUGAAAUUCGGACCAAUGCAGCUCUUUACCUGCCCCAGAUCAGCGAUCUCUUGAACAGAGUUCCUCGGCAGAUGUUGCUGUUGUUAAAGACCAACGACCUGUUGAGGGGAAUCGAAACCACAUUACAGACCAGGGCCUCGUCUUCCUCAUUUAUCAACAUGUCACGCUGCUGCAUACGUGCAUUGGCCAGGCACAAGAGGAGUAAGACUCAGUCCAGGAAGAAACUUCUGCAGAUCACAUUGGCAGAGUCGUUCAACCUCUGGAGACUCAGCAUGUAUGAAUUGUUUCUAUGGUUGAAGAGUUCACUUUUGGGACGUGGGGUUUCCACUCUGCAUGCAUUUCUACACCGGAUGACAUGAUACUGGAACGCUGUUGUCUGCUCAUGAAGAAGGAUCCUAGUACUGCAAAUAAAAGAUCUGUCUGUUUUUGCCAAACACAUCCCAAAUGGCAGGGGUCUCGAACUCACGGCCACCAGGCCAUUUGCAGCCUGUCGAAUUGUAUUUUGCGGCCCGCGACUUGACAUGAAAGAGGAGUGUAAUUGCGGCCUGCGACAUCCCGGCAAGUUCCGUGUUACUUGCAGGGGCUAGUAAACACCAACACUGAUCUAACACUGGUGUUAUCACUUGGAGACGAGGGGGGGCACUAGACAGAACACUACCUAUAAUUGCGGUGCUGCACACAAAAGCGUACGUGCAAUGUGUCAUAGGAUUUAGAAACAGAAAGACUCAAAAUAAUCCACAAAGUUCACAGUACACUUGCUCAUGCACAGUACGGAAGUGUUAUUAACUCAUUUUUCAAAAGACCACUCGUUCACUACCGGCCAUUUUAGACGAUUUUGACUGAUCUUCCAAGGCACACAGAAUGUUGUGUUCUAUGGCUAUAUAAACAUGGACCCUACCAAAAGAAAGAUUAGACUCUCUUCUUUCAUCAGAAAAAACACGUUUGCUUCUACCUUUUUCUGUUCUUUAAUAAUCAGCAGUAGAAAAUAGGUGAGUUUCAGGAAAAUAUCAUUUCCCAACAAAAAAAUGAGGUUUCAAGCAUAACUUUUACUUUGAUACAGUUUUUUUUUUUUUUUUUUUUUGCAUUUGUGACAGCUCAAGUUUCUAAACAACUGCACCACAACAUAAACAACACAAAAAGGGUUGUUUUACAUCAAAAUAACAAUUUAUUUACAAAUAUAACACCGUGAACUAUUUACAAUUUUCACAUUUGGAACUAAACUGUGUGUGUGCGUGUGCAUGUGCAUGCGGUAAAAUUUCCCUACAAUGCGUACCUUUAGCCUAGCUGCCUAGCCAGUUAAUACAUUCAAAAGAUCAAUGAGCAAAUGUACUUCUGCCACCUUGUGGCCGUUUUUAUGGGUUAAAACUGCAUGAAAAGUGACCUUAUUUAUUCUACACUUGUGUCGUUACCUGUUUAGCCUCUCGUGCAAAAAAACGUAUUAAUACGUCGUUGGGAGCGAGCGUUCGCGUUUAAAAAAAAACAAAACGUAUAAAUACGUCUUUUGGUAUUGAAUGAGUUAAAAUAUGGCCGCUAUAAACCUCUACCACCACCCCUUCUCAGUGAGUCACCAUUUUACAUGUCAUUUUGGAGGAGCUCCUCGCCAGAACGGAAGAAAAUUUGGCAGAAACCACAGAAGAAGAAGGAAAAACAAAUAAACCUCGUGUAAUGGCAGACUCGGCCGGUGAAGUUAAAUGGAAAGAUCCGGUAGCAUAGUUAACAUGAAAAGUAUGGACUCACUUUGGCUUUUAUAGCAUGGGCGAGACUAUGCAGACUUUGCAGUACGGAAGAAGUGUCUGACGAAGAAGGGACACGUUUAUUGUGAAAAUUGUCGUGCUGCUCAAUCUUAUCCGGGUCAUUCUGUCUCUUUCCGGCGAAUACGUCACCACUGCCAUACUACACUAAAUACUUAUUUUUGUUAUGCUUCAACUUUAUAGAGUUGAUCUAGUUGACAGACAUGAGAUGUUGUGUUUUCUAAAUGAGUCCAAAACAGUGUCAGUGUUUGUCAGACACCUAAACUAAAAUGCUCUUUCAACCUAUGUUGCACUGAAACAGUCUCAUUCUUUUUGUAUUCUGGUUAAAAUAUGCUGUAAAAAUUCCAUCCAUUUUCUAUACCGCUUGUCCUCAUUAGGGUCACGGGUAAGCUGGAGCCUAUCCCAGCUGACUGCAGCAAACUACAAACCAUGAAAUUAUUAUUUUUUUUUGUAUCAUCGUAUCAAGAUAUUCUAUUGUAUCACAUCGUGAGGUACCCUCACAUUCCCAGCCGUACUCCUAAUUGAUGCAGCCCAGCCUCACGCAGACUCAACCUCCAGUGGCCCCCCGUGAAAUUGAGUUUGAGACCCCUGCCAUGUGAUAUCCAACCAUUGUAGCUGAUUCAAAUGAACAUUUAGUUAUGUGAUGAAUUUUAUGAAAAUAGUAUGCCCCAAUAACUCCUUGCUGGGCCAGUUUGAAAUGAAGUUACGGUUUAAUGAUGUCAUGGAAUAUUUUUGAGAGCACUGCAUGCAUCUGGACAUCGGACACAGGAGCUAGAACUUGUAAGUUUUAGUAAGAUCCCCUGUGAUACCAAUCUGAUACUAUUACAAGAAAGGAGAAAAGAAGGUACCGUAAAUUCCGAUGUACAAACUGCUACUUUUUUCUUAAACUUUGAACUCUGCAUCUUAUACAGCGGUGCGGCUAAUGUAUACUUAAAUUAUAAUCUUGAGCCAUCAGUGCACUCACAACGAGCUUGUCAAGCCAUUGGAAAUUGCAGAAGGUCAUAUAUAACAGUACAACAACAUAACAGUCUGAACUCAUGGUGUCAUCUUACUGAGAACACUAAAUUCAUCACACAGCAACUUAACAUUCAAAGUAUACCUCAGAAAUAUACAAACAUGUACCAAUGCCAAGUUUAAAAUGAUAAAAAAAAUAUUUUAAAGUUUUCCCAUAAGGCAUUGCGUCUGAGCGACGCAUUCACCGGGGCUCUACAAUGACAUCAGUCAUAUGGCUCCCUCUGGUGGACAGAGACAGCAUUGCAUCGUCAUCCAUCUACAGGUAUGCUGCUUGUCCACCAAUGAACUGCUCUUUUGGCAGUAAUGCAUUAUGGGUGGAUGUUAAAAUAGCUGCUGUUUGUUAAAUUUAUAUUGGUACAUGUAAUGUAUAUUUUCUAGGUACCUACUGAGUGUUAAGUCGCUGUGUGAUGAGUUUAAUGUUGUUUGAAAGAUGACACCUUGAGUCAGACUGUUAUGUUGAGUAAUGACCUCCUGCAAUUUCCAAUGGGUUGGCAAGCUCGUCGUGAGUUUUUUCAUUGCUCAUGAUUGGCUCCUGUCGAAUAAAGAGCCGCCUGGUCCUCACAGACUCGUGUGCGCCACAAUGUGGCAUUUUAUGACAUGGACAUGUGCGGCUUAUACACCGGUGUAGCUUACGGUAUAUAUGAACAAAUCUGGUGUUUCCUCUAAAUUGAGAGCGUGCUUAAUAUAGGCUUUAAAAAAAAAGACCACGUGCAACAAAUAUUCUGCUCCACUAACAGAAGAAAUUACCCCUUAACAUGACUCAAGUUAUGCAAUACUACCUCUGUUGCUUUGUAUUUAAAAUUUUACAUGUACGUAGAUUUUAAUAGCCUUUUUGAUUGGUCACCAGACACGGCAGCACCUUUCAAAAAAUGAAACUGUGUGUCAAACGAAACGAAAGAGGAAUGAGACGCCAUGUGGCCUAUCGCUCAGUGACACAGCCAAAAAAACGAGUUGCAGUAUUUACUUACUUGUAACUUAAAUCAUGAAAACUUAACGUACAAAUAAUUGCGUAUCCACUUGAAAACGUACAAUGAUACAGAGUACCUGCCCUCUUUGAGCAUUUACAUCAGGGGUAUCCAAAGUGCAGCCAGGGGGCCAUUUGGGGCCAGCAACUCGUAUUUUUACUGGCCCGCGGCACAUUGUAAAAAUAAAAUACAUUUUAAAAACAACAAAAAUGGCAAAAAUAGAGUAAAACGUGUCAAGAGACAAAGCAAGAGGGAAAAAAAAAGUACAAAUACAUGUUGAUACCAACUCAUCCUAACAAUUUUGUUUUACAAAAUUAAACAAAUAACUACAGAUGUCAAAGUGGCCCCCGACAGCCUUUGAUUUUUCAAUAUGUGGCCCUCAGUGGAAAGGUUUGGACACCUGAUUUGACACAUGGCAGUUUGGGCUAUCAGAUUGGAUCAGACGGGUUAUACUGUAUAUACAGAGUAAUCCCUCGUCACUUUGCGCUUCGAAUUUAGCGGCUUCACUUUUACUUUUGCGGUUUUUAAAAAAUAUAUUAGUAAACCAUGCUUAGGCCUGUCACGAUAACAAAUUUAGCUGGACAAUAAUCGUCCUACAAAUUAUCAUCGCUAAUCGAUAUUAUUGACAUUUUUUGUGACCAUUUUGUUCAUCAAUUAUAUGGCAUAAUAGUGAGAGUAUGUCGUAUCAAAAGCGAGUUUUGAGAGUAUUUAGCAUUGUAAUUGGAAUGUCAAGAGCAUAAUACAUUAAACAAACAAAAAAAACAAAAAACAAUGAAAAUUAUAUGGACAAAAAUUGCACUUAAAUAAAAAUAAAAAAUCCUAAACAAAAACAAUAAAAAAAUAGACCCUAUGUCUGUCAAGAAAAAAAAAAAGAGUCCACUAAAAAAAACACACACACACAGUUGUGUAGUGUAUUGUUAGACUAAUGGAGGGGUCAUAUUUGAGUUGGACUGGUGGUUCAACACGUCUUCUUUCACUUGGUUAAACAAUUCAGGAAAUCCUGUAUGUGACAUUUUGUACAUGUACGUUCUCCCAAGCGAUUCUUACUGUCUGUCAAACAUUUGUUGCAUUUCCCGAAAUGUUGGCUUUUCAACCGCGAGCGCGCACCAUUUUGCACCAUUUCGUUGAUAUUUAUUUUGCCAACCAAACAUCUCUGUAAGCAGUGACUGUCGGGACGAAGGCUCUGCAGCACCUCCACACUGGGGCUGUAGCAUUCGGGUUAGAAACCACCGCUUUUGUGCCUUCAUUCAUAUUAGCGUUUGCUUGCUAACUUGCUAACUACUAGCAUCCUGUCUGUAUAUCCACUCACUAGUAGCCCCACCUCCACAUACUGGGACAAAGAGGCUCGGAUGACAGGAGGGUUCACUCCCUCCAUUCAUUCCACUGUAGAUGCGCACAGACACAUGCACAGUCACCCCCCUUGUCAUCUAGUCUGUAGUAAAUUUGGCUAGGAAAACAAAGACGCAUACAUGCGCAUUUCAAUUUAUUGCGGCCGGCAAAAUUAUCGACUUUGUUUUUUUAUUGUUCGAUUAAUCGAUUUAUCGAUUAUCGUGACAGGACUAAUCAUGGUGUUUCAUGGUUGAAUACGGCCUAUUAUUAGUCAAAAAAUAUGUAUAUUCAAGCAAAUUUUACAUAUUUUUUCCAAAAUUAAUCAUUUUCAAGCAUAACAAUUACUAAACAAAGUAAAAUACAAAUAUAAGACAAACAGAAGAGACGUUGUGAUGAUAUUUAGUAUUUUUACUACUGACAACUGUCACUAGGUGUCAGUAAUGUUACUGUAAUGUUUGAUGAGACACACAAGCACCAGACUUGAUUGCCGGAGCAACAGGCUUUUAGGUUUGAAUUAUUGCACAACAGGCACAAUAAUAAAAAUUCCUAAUAAAACCCGAGCUAGUGUUGUGGCCAAACCCACGGCAAGCUGAAACUCAACUCUGAACCCCUGACGUCACUUUCUGUCCAUCCUCCUACUAAACUGCCCUGGCACCGGAACACAUUACAGCACCACACACGAGCAGGAUGUUAUUUAUGUCUUAAAUGACUUAUUUUCUGUUAUUGUGUCUACUAUGUUGGGAAAUAGGGAUGUUAUUUUGUGUUUAGAGGGUUCUAAUAAUGUUACAAAUUAUUUAGAAGGUUGUAGGUUUUUUAUGCUCUAACUACAAAGAUAUUUCAUUUAUAAAAGGAUUCCUACUUUGCAGAAAUUUUGGAUCUGGAACCAAUUAACCGCGAUAAACGGGGGAUUACUGUGUACAGUCAAACCUGUCUUAGUGGCCACCUGUAUAUAACUGCCACCUGCCUAUAGCAGCCACUGAAAAAUCCCCCCGCAGAAAAUGUACGUGUUAUAGACCCUGUGUAUAGCGGUCACCUGUCUAAUGCGGCCAGCGGCCACACAUUUUGUAUCCCUUGGUCAAUAUCUGACUGCAUAUAGCGGCCAAAUUACCGACUCAAGCAGAAGCUUCAUGCACGAAAAAGUUUUGUUUUUUAAACAAUGAAACCGUCGUGUGUAGACUUUAGUUACUGAGUCCUAGCUCAGUCACAAUCAUUCACAAGAUCCACACAAACUGUCAGUUGUUCCACACAAAAAAAAAAAAGCCGUCUUCUUUGGAGCUUGUUGCAGACAGUGACACCGUUUAUUUCCUGGUGUGAGACAAUGUGCACUGGUCAAUACUGUAAUGCCGCUUGUUGUGGGGAAGGUGAGACUCACGUCGCCGAUGCACUUUAAUCGCUUUAUUAACAGCGGUUUAUUAACCUAGUAGUGCUUUACAACUUUUAUCUGCAGUCCCACAGUGCCCUCUACUGGUCAACAUGUAACAGUAUAAUCAUAUGUAUCUGCAAACACAACAAGCUUCUAAUCACAGACAUGUUAAUAUGUGUGAGCACAAAUUCAAAAUGGCCGUCAACCUGUCUAUAACGGCCACCUGCCUAUGGCGGCCACUUUUGCCGUUUCCUUUUUAGUGGCCGCUAUAGACAGGUUUGACUGUAUAUAUUUUUUCAAAUAUCCGACCCUGUAAAUUUGGCCAGUAUCAGCCCAAUACCGAUACAUAGAUCAGCCCAUCCCUAGUGACAGUACAUAGCCCUGCAAAACAGCACAUCAUGAAACUGUAGUUGUGGCCGCUAUUUCGCAAAGGGGUUGAUAUUGUAACAUUUCCCACUGCUAAAUGCAAUACUCCAAAACCAGGUGUCACCUCUUCCCAUUGUCAUUCUUUACAUAUCUACUAAACUGUCUCACAAGUAUUGUACUGUGACUGAUGCAUUAUGAAGUAAAGAUAAUUAGGUACAUUAUAGGUAGAUGUGUAAGGAUUUUUUGGACUGUUGGUCUAUUUCGAAUACUUUUGUACCUCAGGAUUAAGUUUGCGUCAAGUCACAGUCACAUUUUGGACAGUGAAAAAGGCUCUGAAUUAUUAUUAUUAUUAUUAUUGGUAUUUUAUUGAAUUAUUAUUUACACCGUGCUAUUAGGUCAGAUGCUGUAAUAUCAAUUCCAUUAUGCUCUGUAAUAUUACUGAUGAUAAUGAGUAGUAUUAUUGUAAUUGUUAUUGUAUUAUUUGCAUAAUGAUGUUUUUACUAAGGGUGCUCCGAUCAGGGUUUUAUGCCGCCGAUUCCGAUACCGAUCAUCCUGGAGUGAGAUCAGCCGAUACCGAUCACAUGGAUUAACUGUACAUUUUUCACUUUAUUUAUGAUGACUGAUAUUGGCCAGGGCCGCCGUUCGACAAUUUCAAGGGCCCCUGGCAAAUAGGUAAUUAUUAAAAGAAACCAGUGGCGGAGCCAGAACUGUUUCAUUGGGGUGGCCAAGGUAAGACCAUUACUCAUAAUGGAGUGGCAGCAAGUUGAUACCUGAAUUGUCCAGCUGGCCAGUGGGGUGGCUGGAGAGUGGUGUCCACCACGUAGCUCCGUCACUGAUUUUGGAGCGUGCCGAGGACAAUUUCAAUGCAUAGUUUCUGGAUUCUGCUCAGCAUAAUGCUGGCCAAACCCGCGCAGGGCAUAAUACAGAAGUGGAUGCCGAUCGGCACUCCCGCUUUAACUCUAGACUCCUUGGUUGACAUGCCCACUCAUGCUGCUACAGAGAGCUUCCAUUACUAACAUAUUAUUGUGCUGAAUCACGCUCAGAAUUUAAGUCAAAGUCAACAUAGUGAGAAAACUUGAGAAAAGUAAUCAUGGAAAACUUACCUCCCGCUUGCAGUUCAUGCAAGACACCGUUUUAUUGACAGCUCCUCCACACAGAAGGUUGUGUGCUGCCGUGAAAUGCAUCCAAGCGGAAACUGCGGUUAGGCUGAACUAAUGUUCUGCACCAGAGAGCCGCAUUCGUCAAAAUUGUCCCGCAGCCAUGUGGGUUGCCAUUGGGGUGCAGUAGCGCCGCCACUGAAAGAAACUUUUGGGCGGAUAGUUUUUUUUGUUGUUGUUGUUGUUGUCGCCUUUAUUUUUGUGAAACGAUUUUUGUACUAUUUGACACAAACCUGAAUUUAAGUUGAUGCAUGUUUUGGAGUAAUACAAAUACAUGGGAAAUAAAUUGUUCAAUAAUUCAUUUUUUAGUUCAAGAUAACAACAUUUACAGAAUAAAAUAAAUAGCUUUAUUCAAUAGUAAUCUGUCCUGUUUAACGUAAAAGAGAAUAAAUUGAGUGUCCAGGUUGCAGGGGUGUCCAGCUUUCAUCACUGUUUCACAACUGUUUAUGAUUGCCAACAUUUAAAUAGUACACUGUAGUAAAUCGUCUUGAUUAUUGCGGCAAUACGGCUCAAUACGGGUGUUGGCAACCCUAUGUGACACAGCAGACAUGAACAUUCAUGUCAUGUUUGUGUUGUCAUGACAUGAGGUAUUUAUCGGCAUGUGCCGAUCACAUGUUUUUUACGAAAAUCGGUCGAUACUAAUGGGUGUUUAAUCGAUCGGAGCAUCCCUAGUUUUUAUACAGUUCUAUUAGGUCAAAUACUGUCAUCUCAUUCCACAAGCAGACAAGUUUGUCAUAUUUUAAUUGCAGAUAUUUAUGUUUACUUCAUCAACAAAUGACUCACUGUUUACGCUCCUUCCACUGAUAUCAUGCCUCUAUAAAGAUCGUGAAAUGCU